AUGCUGUCUACGCCGCACAGCAACUAUCAAGAACGACAUCGUCAACAUCGGAGACAGAUCUCAACGCCAUCCGCUCUUGAUGCCGUUAAACCUCCAACUCUUCCCGCACAGGCAAUGCACCGAUUUCACGCUCAUCGCCGAGGCCAAAGCUUCGAUGCGCGCGCUAUGCGCGUUCAGCGAUCGCAGUCCAUGCAAGAUGGUACCAUCACUACUAACGUAACAGUACCGCAACAGCACCCAACCAUGUUGGCACCCGCUCAAGACCACCGCUUUCUCCAAGUCGCGCAGCCAACUUUCCCCCACCAUCCCGCGCCUAUGCCCAUGAUGGCUGAAUGCCAGGCUUUCUCUCAAGAAGACUUGCAAUCCUUCGCCGCUCGUCAAAGCCAAGGAGGCCAAUCAAACAUGCCUUACAUGAACGCAAACUUUAUCAAGGUCGAAAGCCAACCAAUGAACAUGUCGCUCAACCUCAUGCAACAGCAGCAGCAGCACCUCCAGGAUGCGAAACUGUCUUGUCAAGCGUCCUUGGAGGGCCAAAUCUUGGACAACGGAGCUUGGGAUGUCUACCAACAGAACAAUAUCGCUGCAGCAUUUCAGCAGCAACAAGCUAAUGCCAUGGUAAUGGACGCACGGCGACUGUCGGCAGCACCUGCUAUCAGUCAGCCGCACCCAGUGCAUGCGCCAAAGCUUAGCAACGGACAAUAUGGCCAGAUCACACCUGCGGCCACCCCCUUCAAGCAAACAGUGGGCCUUGCGCACUACAAUCCGGACAUUCAACCUUCCCCAACUAAGGAGCAAAGCCUCUCCGUGUCCGGUUCCGCGCAGGCGUCGUACAUGCAACGCGCGAAGUCUCUCCAAGGAGUAGUCGGAACUACGUUCUCCCAGCAGAAGUUUAACAUGCCCUCUCCCCCUACUACAGCAUCUUUUGAAGUGGAUACCUUUGAUACUUUUGACUUUGAGCAGGGUUCUAACAUCGAAGUUCCUAAGUCUGAGAGUCUGUCGCAAGGGCCGUUUGCCUCGUCGUCAUCAGCCUCGUCGUCCUUCGCUUCGUCACCAGAGCUCGCCGCCAUGCCAUGUCCUGAGGAUGGCAGCGGAAAGGCACAGAAGCUCCCGAUCUAUCCUGCGACCCCCAACCGUGUGAAUCACCGGAAGACACCGAGCGCAACCCCUAGCACCGCAGCCAAGCCGAAGCUCUCGCCGCGGGUCGCAACUAUCGAUAGCCUCAACCUAGACGCCCGCGUACAGGCAUCAAUCAAAGAAACCGGUGUCACCAUCGACGAGAUUGCGUCUUAUAUCCACGGCCCGGACCCUGAAGACGGCAAAUGGGUAUGCUUGCACCCGGGGUGCGAACGUCGCUUCGGCCGCAAAGAGAACAUCAAAUCGCAUGUGCAAACCCACCUCGGGGAUCGGCAAUACAAAUGCGACCACUGCAACAAGUGCUUUGUCCGCGGUCACGAUCUCAAACGGCAUGCGAAGAUUCACACCGGCGACAAGCCCUACGAAUGCCUGUGCGGUAAUGUGUUCGCGAGACACGAUGCGUUGACGCGACACCGACAGCGUGGUAUGUGCAUUGGUGGCUACAAGGGCAUCGUGCGCAAGACUACGAAGCGUGGUCGUCCCAAGAAACAUCGGCCCGAGAUGGAUAAGAGACAGGACAAAGCAGCCCGAACCCGUCAGCGUAUCGCCGAAAAGGGGUCUUUUGAUUCCUCUGCUUCCGACUCCUCGCGCAGCACCCCUCCGUCUGAUGUCUUCGAAAGUAUGAGCCUUCACGGGUCGAGCCCCUCGGAGGAAAUGCCGGUUUUCAGCAACCCUAACUACUCACUGCCUCCGGAAGUAUUCACCUUCACACCGCCCGCGUCUCCAGGCCACAGCACCGGGAACAAGCCGUCUCCGGCCCAAAGCCACCGAUCGCUAAGCCCUACCACCGAGGACGAAAUGCUGCCUUCGCCGAUCAAGCAACCCCUGCACCGAUUGAUGUCCGACUCCAGCCUUCCCUACCUGUCAGAUCCCGAGUCGUGUACCUACACCGAUGGUACCGGCUCAGUCACCAAUGGUCUCUCUUCCCCGCAUUCCGCCCCAACUCUGACCGAUUCGUCCGCUGGCUCCGAGCUUGAUAUCUUCAUGAGUCAAGAAUCGACUGCGACGUUCGCUAAGCAAGAAUUCAGUGACCUGACUGAGACAGACAUGGCCGCCUUCCCCGAUUACGUGAACACGGCGACCUUCGAGACCGGAAUGGACCUCUUCCCCGCGAAAGCCUAUCCUUCGGGGCCUGCCAUGGGUGACGAUUUCUUCUUCCAGUUCCAAGUGGACGAGCAAGCCGCCGACGCCGUGACCAAGGAAUUCUUCAUGGAUUGA